GGAACUAUCGCUGAUGUCAAGCACAUCGUCAUGUUCAUGCAGGAGAACCGUGCUUUCGACCAUUACUUUGGCUCGAUGGCCGGUGUUCGUGGAUUCAAGGAUCCCAACGUCAAGAUCGGAAGCAAUGGUCUUCCUAUCUGGUACCAGCCCACCGAUUCGGAUGAGGCCGAGUACCUUCUUCCUUACUACCUGGCUGCCAACUCUUCCUACAAGGAGGGUAUCCAGUGCACCAACGCCGGUUCCAAUGACUGGAUUGAAAACCACGGUGCCUGGAACAACGGUGAAAUCAAUGGCUGGGUUACCAACAACUCCGAGAGAGCCUGGGGUUACUUGCGCCGCGACGAUGUCCCGACUCAUUUCGAGGUUGCUGAGGCCUGGACUGUCGGUGACAUGUACUCUGAGUUCUUGAUCGGUCCUACCGGUCCUAACCGUGCGUCCUGGAUUUCCGGAUCUCUCAACAUCGGAGGUACCGUGGGUGACCGUGAGACCGUCGGUGGUCCCUUCAUCGAGAACUGGUUCAACGAUGAGUGCGAGGAGAACAACGGAGUCUUGUACGACUGCUACCCUCUUGCCUGGGACACUAUGCCCGAGCGCCUCGAGGAUAACGAUAUCUCGUGGUUCGUUUACCGUGACGAGGACUCGUCCAACGACGACCCGAUGUGGUACUUUGAGAACUUCAAGAACGCCAACUCGACCGAUCCGCUUGCCGCCAAGGGUCUUACCUAUGCUGGGUUCCCCCUUUUCUUGGAGCAGGCCGCCAACGGAACCCUGCCCGAGGUUUCGUGGAUCAUUGGCUCGUUCCCUCUUUCUGAGCACACCCCUAACUUGCCCAGAUCCGGUGCCUGGAUCAUUGAGAAGACCAUCGAGGCUGUCAUGAACGGUCCUCUCUACAACGAGACCGUCAUCUUGAUCUCCUACGACGAGACUGGUGGAUGGGGUGACCACGUUCCUCCCUUCGUUUCUCCCAACGGCACCGCCGGUGAGUGGGAUGUCGACUACCGCGACACCACCCAGUACGUUCCCGCCGGCCCCGGUUUCCGUCUUCCCUUCUUUGCCAUCUCUCCCUGGUCGCGUGGAGGCCACGUCUUCACCGAGCCCUCGGACCACACCUCGCAGCUCAUGUUCAUCGAGGCCUGGGCCGCGGCCAACGGCAAGAACGUCACCCUCAGCACCAUCAACGGAUGGCGUCGCGAGCACAUGUCUGAUCUUACCGGCAUGUUUGACUUUGAGAACCCGAGCUACGAUCUCCCCACCCUCACCAACGUCUCGUGGCCCCGUUACUCCGAUGGCGCUUACGUCGCUACCGAUGACUGCCAGGAGGCUAACGACGGAUACACUCAGCCUCCUAUCCCCUACGGCGAGCAGAACAUCACCGAGUCGCUCUGGACCGAGAGCGGCUACAAGCCUAUCCGCGGUGCUCUUACCGAGGGCCGCUACCUCGUCUUUGCCCAGGAGGUCUCGGGCAAGAACAUCUCGCUCGUGAGCUUCAAGGGCUCCAAGCACUUGCGCAGCGAGGAGCUUCCUUCCAUGGACUCGGAGAAGAACCGCUUCGUUGUCUACCAGCAGGACGACGCGUUCUCGCACGACUUCAAGAUCAAGUCCUACGCUCACGACGUUUACCUCAACAAGUACGGCUACUGGGUCGACUCCGAGGACGACGCUGGCAUCUACACCAUCGACUUUUACCCGUCGGAGGGUUACACCAUCAAG